AAGUAUUAAUGCAUUUAUUAAACAUUAACUGCCAAGUAUUUUUCUAUAUAUUACAAUACAGAGACAAAAAAGGGGAAAAACCCUGUCCUUCAGAAAAUACAGGCAAACAUCUAAAUAAACACCAAAUAUAUACAAAAUAAUGGAGAAGAUCUUGUUGAAAUGAAGGGACAGAGAUUGGACAUGUCAUUUUAAUGAUAAAAGAACUUUCCAGAGAAGCAAAUUCUAUAUUCUAACAUAAUUUGACACAUUCCCUGGGAAAAAAAAAAAAAAAAAGCAGAAUCAAAAAUCAUGUGGUUAAUUACCAAGACAGCUAGAUAGUGUAGUGGUUGGAGCACAGUUCCUGGAGUAAAAAAGAUCUGAAUUCAAAAAUCCAGUUAUAUACUUUAGCAAGUCAUUUAAUAUUGUGUGCCUCAGUUCCUCACUUGUAAAAUGAGCUGGAGAAGGAAAUGGCAAGCUGCUUUUAAUAUCUUUGCCAAGAAAGCCCCAAAUAUAAUCACAAUGAAUUGAACUUAACUGAACAAGAACAAUAAGGUGCAAACUUCAAGCAUAUACACCUCGAUAGAUUUUAAACUCUUUGCAGUCAAGGGCUAUCUCAUUUUUGUCUUUGUAUCCCCAGUAUCUACUACGGUACUUUGAACAAAGAAGGCUCUUAAAGAUACUUGUAAAUUGAUUGAUAUUAUGUGUCCCCUUCCACUCUUUCCUAAUAGAAAGGGAUAGGGGAACAGAGGAUUUAAUCAUUAGUUAAAAAGUUAGCGGGAAUUCUCCAGCUAGAGCUCUUUACUGCUCCAGCUGUAAACAGUUAAGUAACUAACUAGAUAGAGUGUUCAAAUUGGAGUCAGAAAGUCUUGAGUUCAAAUGCCGAUUUAAACACAUACUUUGUAAACCUGGGCAAAGCACUUAACCUCUCUCUGCCCCGCAGUCCCUCAGUCCCACCCCUUGAUGUGACCACUUCUGGCGGGGCUGGGGGCGUCGAGGCCACACCUUCCAGUUUCCAACCAAACUCACUUCCAGUGUCAGCCUUCCACCUCUCACACACUCCCAGUCCCCCACCCAGUGAUACUUUGAGCAGUCCCAGGACAAGUUCCUGGGAGUCCGACCUUUGGCCACACUGGGAAGGCAGCCACGCGCCUGAAUCUCUGAUUGGUCGCUACCGUACCCGCCCCCAAGUCCAUCCAAUCGGCGGGCCUGACGGCGCACGAGGAUUCCGGAAGCACGGGGUAGUGGUGGUGGCCGUGGUCCCUAACAGCUGUCCCCGGGCGCUCGGCGCCAUGAGAGGCCUGGGGCCCGGCCUGUCAGCGCAAAAAUUCCUGCGGCUGCGGCUCAGGUCCAGGCUCCUGACCCGGCCACGGCCGCGACGGUUUGGGGCCCCUGGAGCCACCCUAGAGCGGGCUAUGGAUGAACUGCUGGGCCGCACUGUGCCGCAAGCUCCGGCCUAUGAACUCCGGGAGAAGACGCCGGCCCCCGCCGAGAGUCAAUGCGCUGACUUCAUGCGUUUCUACGGCAGCCUGGAGGGCGCGAGCCAGCGAGCCGAGCUGCUGAGCCGCCUGGCGCGGGGAUUCGGCGUGGACCACGGGCAGGUGGCGGAACAUAGCGCGGGCGUGCUGCGCCUGGGGGCGGCUGUGGGGUCCGCGCCGGGCCCUCCGGCGGGCCCGGGAGUCUCCUCGUUGCCCGCGCCUACUCCGCGAGAGCCCGGCGCCCUCCUCCACGCGGAGGAUCGACUCCGCUACGCUCUGGUUCCGCGCUACCGCGGCCUCUUCCAGCAUAUCAGCAAGCUGGAGGGCGGAGUGCGCUUCCUGGUCCAGCUGCGCGCAGACCUGCUAGAGGCGCAAGCCCUGAAGAUUGCCGAGGGGCCGCACGUCCGGGAAAUGAAUGGGGUACUGAAGAACAUGCUCUCCGAUUGGUUUUCUACAGGAUUUUUAAACCUGGAGCGUGUAACCUGGCACUCACCUUGCGAAGUACUACAAAAAAUCAGUGAGUGUGAGGCUGUGCAUCCUGUCAAAAACUGGAUGGACAUGAAACGACGUGUUAGUUCAUAUCGAAGAUGCUAUUUUUUUUCUCACUGUUCAACACCUGGGGAACCACUGGUAGUUUUGCAUGUGGCAUUGACCAAUGAGAUUUCCAACAAUAUCCAGGCAAUAGUGAAAGAGUUUUCUCCUCCAGAAACAGAAGACAAAAACAAAAUUGUCACUGCAAUUUUCUAUUCUAUCAGUUUGACCCAGCAAGGCCUACAAGGUGUUGAGUUGGGAAGUUUCCUUAUAAAACGAGUUGUUAAGGAGCUGCAGAGGGAAUUUCCUCACCUUGAAACUUUUUCAAGUCUAUCACCUAUACCUGGAUUCACCAAAUGGCUUCUUGGAACACUGAGUUCUCAAACUAAGGAACUUGGGAGAAAUGAACUCUUUACAGAUUCUGAGUGUAAUGAAAUCUCAGAUAUCAUAGGUGGUCCCAUUAGUGAAACUUUGAAGAUACUUUUGACUAGCAACGAAUGGGUGAAAUCUGAAAAACUGGUCAAGGUAUUACAAUCCCCUUUGAUGAGACUCUGCGCUUGGUACUUAUAUGGAGAAAAACAUCGUGGUUAUGCCCUCAACCCAGUGGCAAACUUUCAUCUGCAGAAUGGGGCAGUGAUGUGGAGGAUCAAUUGGUUGGCAGAUUUGAGCCUCAAAGGCACUACUUCAUCCUGUGGGAUGAUGGUCAAUUAUCGAUACUUCUUGGAAGAAACUAGUGUGAACAGUGCUGCAUACUUGGGAGCCAAGAAUAUCAAAGCUUCUGAGCAGGUUCUAAAUUUAGUUUCUCAGUUUCAGAAACUUAGCAAGCUUUAAACAGACACUUCUUGAAUUGGAGAUUUUUUUUUUCAAAUCAGGAAGUAAUUGUGGGGUCUUACGUCUCAAAGGAAUCCUUUGUAAUGAAACAAAUUGAACAGUGUUUUCUUUCAAACAAUGGAUUUAUAAUGACAGGUUUUGUGUCCUAAUUUACAGUAAUUUUAUUUCUUUGCACUAGCAAAUGAAUGAUAUUUGCAGUCUAGCUGUCAGCCUGAUAAAUAUACAGAUAAACUACAUACAAAUCUACAGAGGGAAGAAAGAAGUUUGGUGUACCUAUAUAUUUAACCAAGGAAAUGACUAGUCAUCAUUAAUAUGUAUGAAAUAGCCUUCACCCCUUUAUUUAUUCUCAGUAUCAGUGCCCUUAUCUGAAUAUCAUUUUCAAAAGGAUGUGAAAAUUUUUCAACAUACUUCUUCAGCUUUGGAUGGAUAAAGUACCAUGACAAUUCAAAAAAAGAGGUCUGGGUGAAGACACCUUUUUUUUCUUUUUAUUGUAUAAGUAAAUUCACAUCAUGUAGAAUUGUGUUCACUAAGCUUAUUGGAAAAAAAAUAACCAUACAUGCGAGUUCUUUUUUAAAAAUCAUUCUUUUUUUCCAUUCACUUGAAAUGUUAAUACUGGUUAAAGGAUUGAAUGGAAAAACAUCCUCCAUUUUACUAGUUGAAUUUCGAAGGCCCCACAUAUGUGAAAUGGAUGAUAUUUAGCUUGCUGGCAAAAAUGGAAAUAUUUAAGUACAUAAAUUCAAUCAUUUUCCAUAAACAAAAAAAAAAUGAACAGAAUUGCUACUGGGGUAUAAGUUGAUCAUUUAAAAGGAUAUAUUGGGAAACUUGAGAAAUUUUGUAAGAGGGUGUGUGAGCUCACAAUGAGCUCAUUAGUAAAUAGCAAGUUUGCUCUAUAAACUAUUAAAUAUUGAAAACACA